UGCAAUUGAAGCGAAGAGCUGACAACGCGGAAAUUGUGCUUUUUGUGAGGUGCCUAAUAUACAUAGUGGCCCAAUUACAACUUGUCUCAAAGGUAGAAAAUAACAGGUUUUGUCGCAAUACUUUUGUCCUCACACCUGUGAUUUGUUGUUUCCCUGGCGAAUUGUGUUUGAAAAUAAUUUUCAAAAUUUGACAGGUUUUUAAAUUUUAAAAUUCGAGCCAAGUCGCUUCGUUAUCAGUAAUUUCGCCACAGUUUGGCUUAAUAAUAACAUGUGAUUCCCUAAUCAGUGUCUUCUUGCCUAUAAAUUGCUUGAAAAUUGUAAUUUUGUGCUUUGUGAACUUUGACCUUGUCUGGUGUUUUUGAAAACCUUCAGUGUAGCACCAAUACAAAAUGUUGCAGAAAAGCUUCAUCUUAACCUCAAACUUGUGCAAGAACUUGUUCGUCUUGAGCCCCACCGUCUUGCGAAAAAUGUCAAGUGUUGCCGAUGACGUAAUCUUUGAUAACGUGGGAGAUAAAGGGGUGAUAACUUUGAAUCGACCCAAGGCCCUUAAUGCGUUAAACCUCUCAAUGGUAAAUAAAUUGUACCCCACUUUGGUGCAAUGGGAGAGCGAGAAGAGCCUUGUCAUUAUCAAGGGGGCUGGGGGCAAGGCCUUUUGCGCCGGGGGCGACGUUAAAUCCAUAGCCUUGGCUGGUAUGAAGGGGGAAAAACUGGGCCAUGCCUUUUUUAAACAAGAGUACAAAACUGACGGACUUAUUGGUACUUACAAAGUCCCGUACAUUGCAUUUAUUGACGGGAUUGUCAUGGGGGGCGGCGUGGGGCUCUCAGUCCAUGGCCCUUAUCGCGUGGCCACCGAACGCUCGGUCUUUGCGAUGCCGGAGACGCAAAUCGGGCUCUUCCCCGACGUUGGGGGCUCCUACUUCCUCCCGCGGUUAAGGGGCAAACUGGGGCUGUUUCUAGCCCUGACGGGGUACCGCCUCAAAGGGGUCGACCUCCUCAAAGCUGGGAUAGCGACCCAUUACGUCGAUAGUCAAUGUUUGGAGGCUUUGGAGGGCGAUUUAUUGAAAUGUGGGGACAGUAGGAGCAUUGAUAGCACUUUGAGUAAAUACAGCACUAAAGACAAUAGCGAGUUUAGCCUUGAACCCAUGAUGAAGCAAAUUAAUAAUUGCUUUUCGGCGGGUUCUGUUGAGGAGAUUAUCGGGAGGUUGGAGAAGGACGGGUCGCAGUUUGCCUUGGAAAUGGUCAAACUCUUGGGGAAAAUGUCACCAACGAGCCUUAAGGUCACGAUGAAACAACUGGAAUAUGGGAGUAAAAUGACCUUGGAGGAGUGUCUACAGAUGGAGUACCGAAUCGCAGUCAAUUGUUUGGCCAAUAAGGACUUUUACGAAGGUGUGAGGGCCCUCCUGAUCGACAAAGACCAGAACCCCAAGUGGAGUCCCUCAAAACUGGCCGAAGUCAGUUCGGCACUAGUCGAAAGCCACUUUGCUAAACUUCCUGAGGACCAGGAGUUGCGCAAUAAACUGUGAUUUUGUUAUUUGCAAUAAAACAAUUGUUUAUACAAA